AUGAGCACCGAGAUCGGCAUCAUCCAGGCAGCCGUGACUAAAGCCGGCGAAGAGGAGGAGCAGACGCCGCUGCAAGAAAAGCUCGACGAAUUCGGAAACCUGCUGGCAAAGAUGAUCGGCAUCAUCUGCUUGCUUGUAUGGGUGAUCAACUACAAGCACUUCUUCGAUCCCGUCCACGGCUCCGUGAUCAAGGGGUCUUGUGCUCAGUGCGCAUUUUGCAGACGGGUGCCCGAAGCUAUGGCAGGAAUUUAA